AUGUCGGGAAUGUUUCUGCGAAGUCUGCUCGCGCGAGCCAUUCAGGAUGAUAUAUCGUCGAGAUCGGGCGCUGCCUUGACGUUAGACAUUGAUCCAUUGCCCAUCGCUCAACACCGCGGCCUCAUUGCCGUCUCCAUCAUGGCUUGUCUCUCACUCAUUGCCACUCUGACGCUACUCGCAUUCAUUACCUUUCGACUGAUCUUCUGGAGAAGAAACUACCAGAGAUACAUCGGUUACAAUCAGUAUGUCAUUCUUAUUUACAACCUCGUCCUGGCCGAUUUCCAGCAAUCGCUCGCUUUCUUGGUAUGUCUGAAAUGGAUCGCCACCAACAAGAUCGAAGCCGGAACCGUUGCAUGUUUCCUGCAGGGACUUUGGCUUCAAAUCGGAGAUCCUGGAAGUGGCUUGUUCGUCUUGGCCAUUGCGUUCCAUACUUUCCUGUUGGUCGUCUGGGGCUACAAAAUGUCCCACAAGAUGUUUGUAUGCUUUGUCAUUGGAGUCUGGGUCUUCAUCGGCAUCAUCUCCGUCAUUCCUAUCGCCCUUCACGGAUAUCGUGUCUUUAUUCCUUCUGGCGCGUGGUGCUGGAUCAGCGAAGAGUAUGAGCCCGUUCGCCUGUGGACCCAUUAUAUCUGGAUUUUCCUGGCCGAAUUCGGCACUGUUAUGCUGUACGCGAUCAUGUACAUGCAGCUUAGACGGCAAAUUGCAGCGUCGGCCAUUCUGGGCAACAGUCAACUCGAGAGUUUGAAGCGCCUACGUCGGGUGGUGGGCUACAUGACUAUCUACCCCAUUGUCUACAUCAUUCUUUCUCUGCCUCUCGCGGCAGGCCGCAUGUCCACGGCCAACGGCUAUGCUCCAUCCAUUACGUUCUUCUGCUGCGCGGGCGCCAUUAUCACCAGCUCCGGGCUAGUCGAUGUCAUUCUUUACACUCUGACCCGUCGCAACCUUAUCAUUGACUCCGAACCCAGCCAAGACCGCUCCUACAACAAGUUCGCCAGCAGCCGCGGGCGAUACGGAGAGAAUCAUCUCACCACUAUUACUGCUGCUGAUCCCAAGACCCGAACGGUUGUGGGGGGCACCAACCACGACCGAGACGGGUCCACAGAUAAUAUUGUGCAACCCGGCAUUGAGAUGGACAACAUCGGCAAGGUAUACCAAGAAACUACCAUCGAAAUCACUACCGAGCCAGCUUAUCCGCCGGAGGUUGAGAGUGAGCGUUCUAGCAAAGACGAUUUUAAAGAUAACCCGUCUCGCCGAUGGAGGCGAUGA